GGAUCCUCCCGCAGGCGCCAGAUCUGCCGCGUGGAGCGAGCGCCGCCUUCGAGGGGCGCCGGACGCAGGAGUCAUGACCCUCCGCCGACUCAGGAAGCUGCAGCAGAAAGAGGAGGCGGCGGCCGCCCCGGACCCCGCCGCCCGGGCUCCCGACUCGGAAGCCGCUCCGAUUCCGACCCCGACCGCGGCCCCCCCUGCUGCAGCCGCCAGCCCUGGGACCUCCGGGGACGAGCUGUACGCGGCGCUGGAGGACUAUCACCCGGCCGAGCUGUAUCGCGCGCUCGCCGUGUCCGGGGGCACUCUGCCCCGCCGAAAGGGCUCAGGGUUCCACUGGAAGAAUCUCAGCCAAAGUCCUGAACAGCAGCGGAAAGUGCUGACUUUGGAGAAGGAGGAGAACCAGACCUUCGGCUUUGAGAUCCAGACUUACGGCCUUCACCACCGGGAGGAGCAGCGAGUGGAGAUGGUGACUUUUGUCUGCCGAGUUCAUGAGUCCAGCCCUGCCCAGCUGGCUGGGCUCACACCAGGGGACACCAUCGCCAGCGUCAACGGCCUGAACGUGGAGGGCAUCCGGCAUCGGGAGAUUGUUGACAUCAUUAAGGCGUCUGGCAAUGUUCUCAGACUGGAAACUCUGUACGGGACAUCAAUUCGGAAGGCUGAACUGGAGGCUCGUCUGCAAUACCUGAAGCAAACCCUAUAUGAGAAGUGGGGAGAAUACAGGUCUCUAAUGGUGCAGGAGCAGCGGCUGGUGCACGGCCUCGUGGUGAAGGACCCGAGCAUCUACGACACGCUGGAGUCGGUGCGCUCCUGCCUGUACGGGGCGGGCCUGCUCCCGGGCUCGCUGCCCUUCGGGCCUCUGCUGGCCGCCCCCGGGGGCUCCCGCGGGGGCGCACGGCGGGCCGGGGGCGACGCGGACGACGCCGUCUACCACACGUGCUUCUUCGGGGGCGCCGAGCCGCCCGCGCCCCCGCCGCCGCCGCCGCCCCCCGCGCGCGCGCACGGUCCCGGCCCCGCCGACGCCCUGGCCCCGGGGCCCCGCGCCGGGCUGAGCCGCAGCGCCAGCGUGCGGUGCGCGGGCCCCGCGGGCGGCGGCGGCGGGGGCGCUCCGGGCGCGCUCUGGACUGAGGCCCGCGAGCAGGCCCUGUGCGGCCCCGGGCUGCGCAAAACCAAGUACCGCAGCUUCCGCCGGCGGCUGCUCAAGUUCAUCCCCGGACUCAACCGCUCCCUGGAGGAGGAGGAGAGCCAGCUGUAGGGGCGCGGGCGGGCGGGGGAAGGUAUUUAUUUAUUUAUUCGUUCCAGCCAGUGCAAAAAGGGGGCGGGGCGGUCGCCCGGCUGAGGGGACCCCAGGAGCCCAGAGCAGCGGGAGAGGGCCCUUGCCAGCCCCAGCUGGCCUGCCUGGUUCCUGGCUUGUCUCUGCCAAGUGGUGAACCCGGGCCCCAGGCCCCUUUACUCCUCCUCCCCAAAACCACCAUGGGAGGUGGUGCAGGGCAGAACCAAGCGAGUUCGCUCAGGGUUGGGAGAGGUUCCGGGGCCAAAGAUGGGGCGUGCCGUCUAUCAUCUGGGUCAGUAGUGCCUUGUGGGGUGUCCAGGAAAACCCCUCCUCCGAGUGGGGGGACCCUGUCCCACGAAGCCCUCUCCUCAGCUUUACUUGCUCCCCACCCUUGGCGUUGGGGAGAAAUGGCCAAUGCCGGGUCAUUCCCCCACCCUCCACACACACGCACACAGUUCCAGUUAACCAGUGGGCCCCUGAGAGGUCCUAAGGUGCUGGUCCCCCUCCCUCCUGGCCUUGACCCCUAAGGGCUUGGCCCCUCCCAGGGGCCUGUAACUAAGUGGGGUCCUGCCAGGCAUGGGUCCUGGGUUCUUUGCCCCUUGGGGGACAGGAAUGGGAAUGUCCUAGUGGGGUGGGGGCAGCUCAGACUGUUCCACCAUUUUGCAUAUUGUUGCUUCUGAACCACAAACUAUAAAAUUGACUUUUUUUGCA